GGACUUGAUUCCGUUUCUCCUCACCGGCUUUCACAUCUCCCCUCUCGUCCACAUCCCCCUCCUCAGUACUCUCUGCCGUCUCUGGCACCAUGCCAGCCGAGCUACACUCCAUCUACGACCUCACAACGUUUUGUCGCAAGACCACGGGGCAUGUGCCCCCAAAGUUGGUCGGCGCGUCGACGACGGUAGUGGGGAGCAAGAUGUAUCUAUUUGGUGGUCGGCUUGUGACAGAGCGGCGGAUGGUGGCCGACCUAUACGUGUUCGACCUCGAGACGUACAACUGGGAGAUUGUUCCUCCCUUCCCCGAGGACGAUAUCCCCCGCCCGCGGUACUUUCAUAGCGUGGACACAUGGAACAAUCAGCUUAUCUUGUUCGGCGGCAUGUCUAAUGAACCAGACUCCCCCAAUCCUGACGAGCUCUGCGUACUCAAUGACGUCCGGUUCUUCGAUCUUUCGACCUUUCAUUGGUUGCCAGCAGGCCCCUCCCCUCCCCCAGCAUCCCCUCUGACACCUCGUGCCCGAUACGCACAACUCUCCUCGGUCACAGGCGACCGACUUUUCAUCAUCGGCGGGCAGGACUUUUACAACACCUGGUUGGACGAUGUUUGUGUUUACGAUCUUCUUGCCAAGACGUGGUGCGAGCGCAGGGAUUACCCUAGACACUGCGGAUCCUAUAGGAGUGUGGCUGUCAGCGCUUCGCAAGUGGUGCGGAAUCCUAAGGACGAAAUGCGCAGGGAGAGGGACAAGACUACGACGCCGAUCCAAGCGGGUCCCCGAUUCCAGGUCCCUGGACAGACGCAGCCAGAACUCGACCAAGAUUCGACGCCGACAGAGAACCUUGUGCAUCUGCCGCACUCCGCCGCGCCAAAUGACGAGCAUCCGAGCGACAUUUACCUCUACAGUAACUAUAACGUGGGUUUCAAUAGUAUCUCACGCCUUCUUCCGCUCACGGUCACGCAGUUCACAGAUGUCAAACGGGAGCUCGAAAUCUUCUCUCCGCUCCCGGACACUGGCUUCAACGUCACAGACCGUUCUGCAGCCAUGACUGGGCCUUCCCUACCCCCCGGGUUGCGUUUCCCCUCGGGAGCUAUUUUGGGGAAUCACCUCAUCAUUGCCGGCAUCUAUCUCGCCCAUUCAUAUCAGUCGUUUUCUAUCUGGGUCCUCGAUUUGACGACGAUGGCUUGGUCUCGCAUUGAUCCCGGAAAAGCCGUCGAGUCGGGGUCGUGGUUCCGGGGAUGUCUGUGGCCGGAGGGCAACCGAUUUUUCGUGUUUGGGAAUCGGAACGGAAAUCUGGUCGAUGAUUACAACCGGCGGCUACUCAGCUGGGAGCACGUCGCUGUCGUCGAUCUAGAAGCUUUUGGGAUCUACCAACCGCCUUCUCUUCGAUUGGACGUGCCGAUGCAGGAAAUGGGAUUGGCGGCCCUAGAAGAAGGCGUCCUCGCAGACUUUGAGGUUAUCUGUGACGACGGCCGGAAGAUCCGCUGUUCUAGAAAGCUGCUGGAGGAACGGUGGCCGUGGUUCAAAGAACAGCGGCUCAAGUUACUUCAGAAUGCGAUGGGUGCCAUGGAGGCGCUGCCCAGUGCUGGAGGGAUGCAUGUGUCCCUCCCUUCGUUGCCUGGGAACCUGCCUGAUGGCCAACGCCCCGAUCCCCGAUUGACUCCUCGGGCCCUGCACCUCUCUGAACCUUACCCGAUCACUCUGGCGUUGCUCCAAUAUCUCUACUCGACAGCACUGCUUACCCCUUUGCAGACAGCGCCGGCGGUUCUGUCGCAGCUUCUAGUUAUUUCCACAAACUACAAGCUCGAUCACUUGAGCUCACUUCUGCAGAUCAGGGCCCUGAAAACUGUCAUGUCUUACACCCAAAAGAAGCCAUCCCGAAGAACUGAGAAGGAAAACUCGGGUGGCGGAGGUGGCGGCGGCAGUGGGGCAGGUUUGGAGCGCGAUCAGAGGUCUGGAGGUGGCGGCGAGUCUCGGCAUACGACCCGACCUCGGGGUACCUCGGAUGCUCGAUGGGCGACAAGCACGACUGACAGUGGGAUGAGCAACGGCAGAGGAUACGGCUAUUCCAAUGCAUCUUAUCCUGUGUUCAGCGACGACGCCGAUGACCUGUUCACGCGGCCCGAUUUCACCAAGUCGCGGCUCAGAACCCCCCCUGCGCCGAUCGCCGUUGGAUCCCACCGGCGGACGCCGAGCAACGUUUCGCUGCACACUGAGGCUGAGAUCCAAGAAGUCGUUGAGCUCAUGUCGCCUGCGCCGGCCUCGCCGCCAACUCCGAUGUCGCCCAGGACAGCUGGCAGGACACGUCUGACGGAGCAGGCGUUUAUGGACCGCAUGUUUGAGUCGCUUAUGCAUCCGUACAUGCGUGAUCCGGGAUACGAAAGCGAGCCGGAGGAAGCGGAGACCCACUCGGUUUCGCCCUGGUCCGAGUCCGAGUCCGACUUUGCAAGCAUGGCGACAUCGCCAGGCUCGGAUUCGCUCUCCCCGGGCGGUUUCAUCCCGUACCACCUGCCGCGCCGCGGACUGGAGACCCCGUCGCUGAUCACCUCCUCGUCCCGGUCGUCUCUACUGUCCAGCUCGAGUCACGGGCGGGAUCUGUCGUCGCCAAUGACGCCGCCGAUGUCGCCCGAGACGGCAUUCGCGCUCCCCAGCAUCGACGAGCACUACACGGACGACGGCAGCGAGCGCGCCAUGUCGCCGCCGGCGCUGAAAGUGCGGACGGAGCCCAUGAUCGUGCUCCAGGACCGCACGCGGACGCUGUCUCCUACCCCGUCCGACACGGAGACGCUCUCCGCCGUGACGAGCCGGCUGUCGCUCGACCCGAAGUCGCAGAAGGCCGAGGAGAAGCGGCUGAAGAAGGUCGCCGCCAAGGCGCGCACGGAGGAGCUGGCGCGGCAGCUGAAGGAGCGCGCCAGGAAAGCCAAGGAAGACGCCUCCGAACGCAACUCGAAUUCCUCUCGCGAGAAGAAGGCGGAGCCGGUGGCGAUGUACGGCGGCGUCGUUGCUGCCGGCGGAAGCAGCAGAAUGGGGUUCUCGCUGUAAACGAUCGGGGCAGGACUCCCGAUCCCACUAAACUCAAUCUUGUACUCAUCUGUCAUUCGUUUUCUGACAUCCACAAUUGCAUCGACCACUUAUCCUUAUUACUACCAGCUCCAUACUUUGUAGACUAUUCGCGCUUGCGGAUCCGGAUACCUCGUCGUAGAAUGAGAAUGUCUUUCCAGUUA